GUAGUGCUGGUGCUGGUGGCGGUGAAAGCACGCAGGAGAACUACAUGAUGAUGGAACCGGGCAACAGAAAAUCGCAGUUCCCAGGCUACAUACCGAUGGCACCGGCCCCAACAGCGGUCUCUACCGCUGGAGGAGCCACCUCCAAUGAACCGCCAACCCCGACGGACGGCAGACAGUCGCCGACGGCUCCACCACUUCCCACAAAAUCGGACAUUCUGAAGCAACGCAUGAACCGCAUCAUCGGUGAAAAGUCGGCCAGCAAUCCAAGCCUCUCGGGACCGGCCGUCGACCGUAGCCGUAAGCGUAUCGACGAUGAAUCGCGAGUACCGGGUAGUGCGAUGCUGAGGGCUACACUGGCCAGUCCGUACGCUCGCAAGCAACUGAUGGAUAGUAGCGAUCUGCUACCGUGCGGUGAUAGCCGAUUGUCACCGAGAAAGCGGUCCGCUUCGGCUGAAUCAUCCCGCUUUCUGGAUGAAGGUGAAGAGGUCGAAAGUCCACUCAGUGGUACGGCCUCACCGAGUACGGAGACGUUGCUCCGUAAGACACCGACACCGGGCGGUACGGGUACACUGCGGCGGUCCUCUUCGCCGUGCGUUCAUCAGGAGAUGGAAUCGGGCUGUCCGGCGGAUGGGUGCUGUAGCGGUGCGGACAAAUCGACGACAGCUCCCGAAACCGAGGAUGAGAUGUCGGGCUCGACGAACCCACCGAGUCAAGCGUCGCAAUCGGUGUACAUCCGGCGUUCGGAGAGUGUUCCCUGUAAGGCGCAGAACCGGGAUAGUUCGAGCUCUAACGAUUCCGGUGUUUCGACCGGUUCGCUACGGCAACGUGGUACCGAUUUUACCGAUUUUGAGCUUCCGCUAACGACGGCCAUGUCGGCGAGACGUCAUCAGCGGCACGUGCUACCGCAGCAGAACUGUGUCCAUGCUUCGUUGCCACGCCGCUCGAAGUCGUUCGAUCCGCUGCGUGAGCUAUCGUUCCAGUUCCAGAAGAUACGCGUCCCGGAGAAGAGUACGUCGGCCGAGGCGGAAGUGCCGGUGUGUCCACCGAAGGCGAAGGGUGCACCAUCGUACGGUAGUCCGGAUGUGAUGGCCGCACCGGGCGCACCGUACAUCGAUUCACGCAGCACCAGCAGCGGUACGUCGGAUAUGUCCGAUUACAUCGAGACACUAUCGCUCUCUAGUCACAGUUCCUCCGAUACGCCCGAGGGUAUGAGACACAUUCGACAAGCAACCUCGACGCUACGGCCUCGCUCUGGCAAGGAGUACCAGAACAUUGACCGCUCGAUACUGUCCCUGACGCAGGCUAGUACCGAUGCGGUUAAGGUACCAGGCACACCGUCACAGCUGCGCGGUCUACUGUCCUGUUCCGCCAACUACGCCAACAUCACGCCCGUGCCAGAGAACGCCGAAUCACCCAGUCCAGGCUACCAGAGUGGUACGUCACCCCAGGAGGCGCAGGGUCAGCAUUUUAUGUUCAAGAACUCAUCGUAAAACCAAAAAAAAAAUCACAAAAUAUAAGUAAACGUUAGGGUGUACAGAAACACUAGCACAUUAAGCAAAAGCAAAAAUGCAACCUAUGAAACAAACGUGAAACAGUCAUUAAACAUACAAAGAACACCGCAAGGGACAAGAGAACAAGAGUGCAACAAAUGCAACAUUCGACAUGAAAGCAAUAACAUACCUAAGCAUAGACAAAAAAACCCAUGCCCUUCUCUCUGCCCCAUUUCCUUUUUCCUCUUUUGUAUGUAAGUGCGAGAACAACCACAGACACAAAACCGAAAAUGAAAACCGACUAGAAAAAUCAAAAACCACCGUUGAUCGGUUGAGAGACAGAAGUAGAAGUUUCAAAGUUUGUACAGCUUUUUUUGUGUUUCUCUAUUUCCCCGGUAUCAUUGUGUAAGCAAGCAUCUCAUAUACUGCUGCCGAUGUUGGUGUUGUAUGCAAAAAGUGAAAUCAGAAGUUACUCCCCAAAACCGAUGCUUCCGAGUAGCCAUUUUCACUCGAAAGGAUGGCGUAACAGAACAGCGAAAGUUCGAUCGCUUCGAGGCCCUUUGGGACAAUUUUGUUGGAUCCCUCGAGAGUAAUACGGCGGGUGGCACAGACACAGGAAGAGAUAGAGGUAGAUAUCAAGAGAGAUAGAUAGUGAAAAGGAAAAACGAUUCACGUGGAACUUGCUAUUUGGUUUCUCACCAAACCGACUCCGAGGUUCUUUGUUUGAUUGUAAUUAUUUAACCUUCCGAUCCUUCACUCCCAGCAUCGUUUUUCCAUCAUCAUCAUCAUCAUCAUCAUCAGCACGAGGUACGGCAGCUGGGAAUGGUUUUCCAUUGCUUACCUAUUCGUCGCGCAAUGAACCGUUGAGACAAUUUUCCUUCCUUUCCGGCCACCGACCACCAUCGUUUCGAUGUUGCCUUACGGCUACGAAACAAUAAACAAUGGGCAGCAUCGCCCCACCCCCAAAAAUGUCGUUUCCACGCGCCACACCGUUCAGUUCCCAUUUCCGGAGAGGAAGGCAGCAGCAGCAGCAGGACGGUGGGCGGGCGACAAGCGAGAACAAAAUGGAGACAAUGAUGCGAAAGAAUUGCUUUCUUGCGAGAAGCAAUAAUAAGUUUCCGAUGAGUAUGUUUCGUUCUGGC